AACAAAAUGGCUGGCUCCUCAAGCAUCGUGGAAUAGCAACAACAUAGACCAACAAGAAUGAUAAAAACAGUUUCCCACUCAAAGGACUAAGUUACCUGGAGCUGUCUUGGUGUUUCGUCUCUCGAAAGGGAUCUAACCUGAUCUAAGCCAUGGAUACUACCUCGUCCCUCAAGAGCACCACUAUAGCCAUCCAGAGCCUGUUCAGCUAUGUGGAGGAGGAGAACCUUCCGGCCGUCAGAGCACACCUGGACAAGUUCAGUCAGGUGGACAGCAGAAGCGAUAAUGGCAUGACUCCUCUGAUGGUGGCAGCAGAGCAGGGCAGCCUCGAAAUCGUCCAGGAGCUCAUCAGAAGAGGGGCCAACGUGAACCUGGACGAUGUGGACUGCUGGACUGCACUGAUCUCGGCGGCCAAGGAGGGCCACAUAGAUGUGGUGAAGGAGCUGCUGGCCAACAAUGCCAGCCUGGAGAACCGAGACAUGGGAGGAUGGACUGCCCUUAUGUGGGCUGCCUAUAAGGGUCGGACAGAGGUGGCCAGACUGCUGCUGGAGAAGGGAGCCAACCCCAACAUCACUGGCCAGUACAGCGUGUACCCCAUCAUCUGGGCAGCGGGGCGAGGCCAUGCUGAGAUCGUCCGUCUUCUGGUAUAUCACGGGGCCAAAGUCAACUGCUCUGACAAGUAUGGCACAACCCCUCUGAUCUGGGCAGCCAGGAAAGGCCACUACGAGUGUGUGACUCACCUGCUGGAGAACGGAGCUGACGUCGACCAGGAGGGGGCGAACUCAAUGACCGCACUGAUCGUGGCGGUGAAGGGGGGCUACACGGCGGUGGUGGAGGAGCUGCUGAAGAGGAACCCCAACGUCAACAUGACUGAGAAGGACGGCAACACCGCCCUCAUGAUCGCCGCCAUCGAGGGACACACCCAGAUCGUCCAGGACCUGCUGGACACGGGGACCUACGUCAACAUACCAGACCGGAGUGGAGACACAGUCCUGAUCGCAGCAGUGCGAGGAGGCCAUGUGGACAUUGUGCGAGCCCUGCUAAACAAAUAUGCUGACAUUGAUGUCAGAGGCCAGGAUAGCAAGACUGCUCUGUACUGGGCGGUAGAGAAGGGCAACGCCACCAUGGUCCGAGAUAUCCUGCAGUGCAACCCUGACACUGAGGCCUGCACCAAGGACGCUGAGACUCCCCUGAUCAAGGCCACCAAGAUGAGGAACAUUGAGAUAGUGGAGCUGCUGCUGGACAAAGGAGCUAGGGUGUCGGCUGUGGACAGGAAAGGAGACACAGCCCUCCACAUAGCCAUUCAGGGCCGUAGCAGGAAACUGGCCGAGCUGUUGCUAAGGAACCCCAAAGAUGGCCGCCUCCUCUACCGGCCCAACAAGGAGGGAGAGACCCCCUACAACAUCGACUGCACCCACCAGAAGAGCAUCCUCACCCAGAUCUUUGGAGCCAAGCAUCUGUCUCCAUCGGAGACGGACGGGGACAUGUUGGGCUACGACCUGUACAGCAGCGCGCUGGCCGACAUCCUGAGCGAGCCCACCAUGCAGCCGCCCAUCUGCGUGGGGCUCUACGCCCAGUGGGGCAGCGGCAAGUCCUUCCUGCUCAAGAAACUGGAGGACGAGAUGAAGACGUUUGCUGGUCAGCAGGUGUGUCCCCUGUUCCAGUUCUCGUGGCUGGUGGUGAUCCUGACUCUGCUGCUGUGUGGCUCGGUGGCCUUCAUCCUGGGCUUCACCGUCGACCCCAAGCUGGCCAUCGCCGUCUCCCUCAGCCUGCUCGCACUCACAUACAUCUUCUUUGUUGUGGUGUACUUUGGGAGUCGUCGUGAGGGUGAGAACUGGAACUGGGCCUGGGUGGUCAGCACUGGCCUGGCGCGCCACAUUGGCUACAUGGAGCUGCUGCUCAAGCUGAUGUUCGUCAACCCUCCAGAGCUGCCCGAGCAGACCACGCGCGCCCUGCCCGUCAGGUUCCUGUUCACAGACUACAACCGUCUGUCGAGUGUGGGGGGCGAGACGUCUAUGGCUGAGAUGAUCGCUACGCUGUCGGACGCCUGUGAGAGGGAGUUUGGAUUCAUGGCCACCAGGCUCUUUAGGGUCUUCAAGAACAACGAGAAACAAGCUAAGAAGUGGAAGAAGACGUGCUGCGUGCCGUCCUUCGUGCUGUUUGCCUUGACGCUGGGCUGCCUGGUGACGGGCCUGGCGCUGCUGGCCAUCUUCCGGGCCGACUGGGAGAACGUGACGGUGACCAGUGUGCUGGUGGCCAUGGCCAGCGUGGUGGGACUCGCCGUGCUGCUCAACUGCCGCACCUGGUGGCAGGUGGCCGACUCGGUGCUCCACUCGCAGCGUAAGCGGCUGCACAGGGCCGCCGACAACAUGCACAAGCUGAAGAGCGAGGGCUUCAUGAAGGUGCUGAAGUGUGAGGUGGAGCUGAUGGACACGUUGGCAAAGGCCAUCGACGGCUUCACCCAGAACCAGACGCGCCUGGUGGUCAUCAUCGACGGCCUGGACUCCUGCGAACAGGACAAAGUGCUCAUGAUGCUGGACACGGUGAGAGUGCUGUUCUCCAAGGGCCCCUUCAUCUCCAUCUUCGCCAGCGACCCGCACAUCAUCAUCAAGGCCAUCAACCAGAACCUGAACAGCGUGCUGCGCGACUCCAACAUCAACGGCCACGACUACAUGCGCAACAUCGUGCACCUGCCCGUCUUCCUCCAGAGCCGCGCCCUCAACACGGCCAAGAAGGUCAUCACUGCCGCGCCCACCAACGGAGACAUGGGCAACGAAGUGUGGCAUGACGAAGUGGAUAAAAAGCAGUCAGGCCUGGGACAAGACCCAGCCAGGAUGGGCAGCAUGAGAGCUCUGAAUCGCAGGGACACUUACCGCAGAAGACAGAUGCAGCGUUCCCAGAGACAGCUGUCUUUCGACCUGACCAAGCUGCUGGUGACCGAGGACUGGUUCAGUGACAUCAGCCCCCAGACCAUGAGGAGGCUCCUCAACAUCGUAUCAGUAACAGGGCGUCUCCUGAGGGCCAAUCAGAUCGUGUUCAACUGGGACCGCCUGGCGUCCUGGAUCAACCUGACGGAGGAGUGGCCAUACCGCACCUCCUGGCUCAUCCUCUUCCUGGAGGAGACCGACGGGGUCAGCGACCUCGUCACGCUCAAGACCAUCUACGAGAGAAUAUCCAAGAGCAUCCCAACGACGAAAGAUGUGGAGCCCUUGCUGGAGAUCGAUGGCGACAUCCGUAGCUUUGAGGUCUUCUUGUCGUCACGGACGCCAGUGUUGUGCGUGCGCGACGUAGAGAUGUUCCUGCCCUGCACGGUCAACCUGGACCCAAAACUCCGGGAGAUCAUAGCAGAUGUCCGUGAUGCCAGGGACCAGAUGCCUUUGGGGGGCAUGGGCUACCCGGCGCUGCAGGAGGGCCCAUCCCGCAGCGGGGCGUCUGUGUUUGGGCAUCACCACAGUGCCGCCCUCUCCCCCGGGGGGCCAGGAGGGCCCUUCCCCCCCGCCGGGGGGCCCCUGCACCACCCGCAUCCCCCGCAGCCCCACAGCAGCUACUACAGCGGCCUCACUGGCCCACAGCACCCCUUCUACAACCGGCCAUAUUUCCCCCAUCAUGUCCUCCACCGAUAUCCGCAUAAUUUCUCUGGCCAACAACACCACGCCCAUCCACCACCACCACCACCACCACCAUCAUCAUCAUCAUCAUCCUCCCGGCCGCCCUCUAAAGGGGGCUUUGCCAAGGACCACACUGGACUCUUAAAGACCCAAGCUGCCAAAGCCAAGCAGGCCCUUGCAGGUUCUGCUGCUGCUGCCUCCGCUGUGCCCUCUGCCCCCUGGGCGCCCCUCAGCUCCCUGGGCACUGACGCCAUGUGCGAUCGCCUCAAGCAGGUCGAGGGACUGGACCCCAGCAUGCUGGAGCAGUACACCACCACGAUCAAGAAGGCCAACGUGAACGGGAGAGUGUUGUCACAGUGCAACCUGGAUGAGCUCAAGAACGAAAUGAACAUGAACUUUGGUGACUGGCAGCUCUUCAGAGCAAUGGUUAUGGAACAGCGCAGUGCCGAGAUGCAGCCGAUGCACAUGCCCAUGCAUGACGAGUCCCAUGCGGGGAGCGAGCUGGGCAGCAUAGGGGGCGCUGUAGAGGACGGCAGCUGCAGCAGGCGGGGGGCCCCGGGGGUGGGGGGGCCACCCAGCGCAGCGCUCAGCGCAGACCCGGCCAUGCGAUACAGCCUCAAUCUCAGCUUUGAGGAGCUCAGCGCUGUGGGCCUGGAGGAACCACAGAAGCAAACCAACGCACACUGGACGGCCCCCCCCAAUCACCGCUCCAGCAUGACCAGCCUGAACUCCCAGGAGUCCUCCAAUGACAUCUGCAAGCUGACCGACAAGCAGCAGGCGGAGUACCGCAACGCCUACCAGGAGUACAUCGCCCAGAUGGCCCAGAUAGAGGGCCUGGGCACGGGAGCCGAGCGCCCCCCUGUUCCGGUUCCGCCCUACCCCUUACUCCCGCCCGCCGCCGCCGGGGCCGAGAGCGACACCGCCAAGGAGGGCGAGCAGCAGCAGGCAGCCGAGGGCCGCGGCGGCAGCAAGCCCUUCCCCAAGGGCCGCUCCAAAGUCACGGACACGUGCGACGGGGACGCCCAGCUGGACCCCAUCACCGAGGAGGACGAGAAGGCAGACGCCGCAGGUGCCGCCGCGGCAGCCAACGCCAGGGCGCUGCUGAGCCGCAAGUCCAAGGGGCUGCGCUACCACCAGGUGCCCGGCAGCGACGAGGAGGAGGAGGAGUCGGACAGCAGCACCCCGCUCCUCAGCAGAGAGGAGAGGAGGAGGCAGCAGCAGGAGGCGGAAACACAUCGCCCACCAGAGAGCAUCCCACUGCUGCUGGCCAGGGCCAAGGCGGAAUACCUGUCCGAGGCCGUGCUAGACAAGAAGGAAUCAUCAGACUCGGGUCAUCGCUCCAGCGGGAGCUCCUCCGACCACUCGCUGCAGGACGCCGACUCCGAGCCGGAGAAAGCCGACCCCAAGGGGAUGCCUGACGACCCGCUGGCCGCCCUGGAGAUGCUACAGCCCGGACCCGAGGCCGAGGAGGAGGAGGAGGAGGUGCCCCUGCUGCUGAGGAAGCACGCGCUGCCCCGGAACCUGAGCGGCCUGCAGCAGGACGUGAUGCGCAUGUCCAUCUGCUCCGAGGCCGCGUCGGAGGCCAGUAGCAUCGCCAUGGCCAGCAGCCCCGAGGAGAACUGGCCAACGCCAGCCCCGACACCCACCAAGGUCAUCUUCAACCGCUCCGCCAGCAGCAGCCCCGAGGAGAACUGGUCAACGCCAACACAAACACCAACGCCAACAGGAACACCAACACCAACCCCCAACGCCAACCUCAAUCGCUCCGCCAGCAGCGGCGCAAUCAACAACAACAGCAGCAGCACCAACAACUCCCAGCAUGCGCAUGCCUUGCAUGAGACCAUCACCCCCACCUCCACCACCACCAACAUGGGGAGCAGCAGCAACCUCGCCAUCGACAGCCCCCCCAUCAUCAUCAGCCCCGGCUCCAGCAACCCCACCACCUCCAUCACCACCACGGCCCUGCUGCACAACCAGAACCUCAGGGCCGCCCUGCACAGGAAGAGGAGCGCCGCUGCCGCGGACGGACACGCGGACGAGGAGCGGGAGAGCGUCCUGUGAGAACCCGAUGUGCCGUCAAAGAUGACCUGUCUCGUCCAGAUUAGCUGCCAAUUGGCUGUUACAUCUAUCCUGAUUAUGAUCGACUUUCAAAUCUGUUCGAGACUUGGUCUGACCAAGAGCAUAACAGUUAAUGUUUCCCAAACGGCAUGGUUGGCCCGCCUCCCUAGGUUUUCUACGGAUUAACUGGUUUCCGACAAAGUGGGUGGAGUUCCCGAUUUUUAAUGAGAUCAGAAACGAUAUUUACAUUGCUCUUGGCCUGACUAGAAGCAAUGCCGAAGGUGUUGUGUCACUAGGAGGGCGUGGCCUGACUAUGUUACAUCAGGGUCGUCACACCAAAUUCCUGGCCUUAUGCACAGGG